ACUGGUUCAUUGCACAUGUUGAAUUUGUUUUGAUUUUUUAAAACCAAUUUUGUUUAUUAAAUUAAGCUUAAAAUGGCCUAUGUUGCACUAAGCGAGGCUGAAAAAACCUAUAUACUGCACGGCGUAGAGGAUGACUUUCGCUGUGAUGGACGUUCUCGCCGGGAUUACCGCCCCAUGGAGCUGGAAACUGGGCUGGUCAGCAAUGCCAGUGGAUCCGCCCGCCUGCGACUGGCCAACACAGACAUCCUGGUGGGCGUAAAAACAGAGAUCGACGUGCCCAAUCCGUUGACGCCGGAAUUCGGCAAAUUGGAGUUCUUUGUGGAUUGCUCCGCCAACGCCACGCCAGAGUUUGAGGGACGAGGAGGAUCGGAUCUGGCCCAGGAGCUGGUGCUGUCCCUACAAAACGCCUACGAAUCACCACUGGCCUUUGAUUAUCGCACCUUGUGCCUCAUCCCCGGUCAGCAGUGCUGGAAGCUCUACAUAGACAUUUUGAUCCUAGAGUGCGGCGGCAAUCUCCAUGAUGCCGUCUCCCUUGCCGCAAAGGCAGCUCUGUUUAACACCAAGUUGCCACGGGUGACGGCCACCUUGUUGGAUGCCGGCAUCACAGACCUCAUCAUAUCGGACAACCCGUACGACUGCACCCGCAUUGGCAUUGAGACUGUUCCGCUUCUGGUCACUGUCUGCAAGAUUGGCGACUACUGCCUAGUGGAUCCUUCGGCGGAGGAGGAAGUCUGCAGCACUGUCAGCGUGGUGGUGUCCGUAUCCAUGCGUAAUGGCGAGCCAUUCCUUUCGGGCACCCACCUGACUGGCGGUGGCGCCAUGCACCGGGACACCAUGCGCAACUGUCUCCAGCUGGGCCUGUCCAUUGGCGAACACCUGGACAAACUGCUCACCAAGAUGCUGAAGCUGGAGCAGGAGCGCGUCGGGCCCAAGCGACCGAAGACGGUUGGGUUUCUCAAAUAAAGCGGCUUUGGCUUAUAAUGAAA